CUCCUACCCCCUCGCUCUCCACUGCCGUGGCCGGACACGGCGGUGGUGGUGGUAGUGGUGGUGGGGUGGUUUGCUGCUGGCGAUGUCGUUGUUGUUGACUAAUGGUGACUCGCUCGCGUAAAGUGUCAACCAUCCUCUAGGGUUGGCAGUAGCGCUCAGUCAGCCCGCGUCAUUCGUGUGUCCGGGCUGCGGGAGGAGGAGGAGAAGAAGGAGGAGGAAGGGUAGCCCGAUCUCUUCGAUGAACGAGCGUGGGGCACCUCUAUCUCUCUCUCUAUCUCUCGUCGCCAGGUGUGUGAGAAGAGAGCGGAAGAGUAGGCCAAGUACCCCGUAGAGAGGGUGCUGUCUGGAUCUCUGUGGAGUGGAGGCACCAUCCCAUCCAUCCCGGUAGCGGCGUGAGCGAGCCACGUGUUGUUCGUCUGCGCACCACCACACGUGAAGAUGACGGCCAACUACCACGCCAACCCGGGGAAAUCACCGAGACCGCAGCUGUCCAUGGUGAACGAUGGCUUGAUGAGGCUCAGCAAGGAGGAGCUCGUUCGCAUCGUGCGAAGCCGACAACUCCCGCAAGGACCCGCCGGCACAUCCUCCUCCUCCGCCGCCGCCGUCGGAGGAGGAGUAGACCAAGAGCAGCAGCAGCAGCAGAUGUCGGCGCUGCGUAACGAGAACGCGCGGUACCGGAAAGAGAACGAGGAUCUUAAAGAGGUGUGCUGCUUCCUGGACGAGGAGAGGCAAAGGUUCCGCAAGGCUGCCCGGGAGUGGCACCGCUUCGGCCGGGGCUGGGCGGGCACCCUGCAGGUGCAGCUGCAGGAGACGCAGCACAAGUUGCGUCAGCUGGACCUGCGGCAGGAGGCGCUGCUCAAGGAGAACACAGACCUCAAGGAGCUGUGCCUGCACCUGGACGCGGAGAGGGGGCGCGGCGGUGGCGGCGGUGCUCCGGGCAGCCGCAACUCGCUGGACAGCCAGGGCAGCGUGGGCAGUGCCAGCGCAGCGCCGGGCACGCGCGACACAGGCGACGGCAGCAGCAGCCCGCCGUUCCCGCAGGCCGCGUAUGGCGGCGGCGGCGGCGGCGGCGUUGGGAUUGGCGGCGGUGGUGGAGGAGGAGGCGGUGGAGGUGGCGGUAUGCUGGGGCCGCAGAGCGAGACGGAUCGGGGCACCUCAGCACCCAGCCACCACCGCAGCAUGCCCAUGCUUCUGGAAGCGUCUGACGGUUACAGCCAUCUCACCCAGAACUGGAGGAUUCUGUCAGAAAUGGAUACAAGACCUCGGGCCCAGCUCCCCCCUUUGUCUGGAGGCGGCGGUGGUCUGGUAGGGGGGCGACGAGUGGGAUCGGCUUCUCACAUACCAGGCCUGGGUCGGCCCACAGCCUCCUCCUUCGCUCCUCAGUACGGCGCCACCAGUCGAGAAGAAAUGCGGGGAGGAAUUGAUGAAGGAUCUUCCCCCGAGAUCAGUGAGCAGGAGAAGGCCAAAGUGAGAGAGAUGUGUAACAUGGUUCUGCGAAAGCUGGGGACUGGAGGCCCAGCCCCUAAGUCGAGCGUUUUCCAGAAUCUGGACAGCGGACAUCACAGUACCAGCUCCUACUAACGGCUGCAAACCUGUGGGCUACUCUGCCAGCUGCCUUUUCACGUUACCGGAACUCUGUCCAGUCGCGUGAAACACACCGAGUACUGCUUUGCCUGCAUUUGUCAUUUAAAGCACUGCAAUUUAAGAUACGCGUUCACUGAAGGUGUUUUUUUAUUAUUAAAUCGGUCGCUGGGUGUGCGGACGUAUUGAAUUCAGAAUCAGAAACUUUAUUCACACUGGAGGAGGGAUCCGACGAGCUAUGAAGCUCCUUUUUCAAACAGAUGUCCCAGUAGGGGCGGGUCAGCGAGUUACAACAACAAACAACACAAACAACACAAAGCGACCGCAGUUACUGAGCUCCGUUUUCUACGUGAGGCUUUCCAGGCGGAGCCAGCGGCACUCGCGCGCUGACCAAACGUUAUCUGAGAAGCACAAAAGCCACCAAGUGGAUCUGUGGUUGGACGAAAAACUCCGCCACACAUGAUAGUUCAUAGUUUUAUUUAUGUUGGUACAGCCCUGUGAGCCAUGCGGCUCUUGAAUCGUCGGGUGCAACCGCAACAAACAAAAAAACAUGAACAAGAAAACAUCUUAAAGUGACUAUGUGUGACUGCGCAAACAGAAAAUACAGGAAA